AUGGCUCCAGCUCAAAAUAUGGGAAGCAAUCAGACAUAGAUCACAGAAGUUAUCCUCCUGGGCUUCCAGGUUGACCCAGAACUUGAAGUUUUCCUCUUUGGGUUCUUCCUGCUAUUCUGCUGUCUCACCCUGCUGUGCAGUGGGGUCAUCCUGGGGCUCAUCUGCCUGGACUCCCGACUGCACACCCCCAUGUACUUCUUCCUCUCAAACCUGACCAUCUUUGACAUGUCGUAUGCCUUAAGCACUGUUCCUAAGAUGCUGGCAAAUCUGGUGACACACAAGAAAACCAUCUUCUUUGCUCCAUGCAUCCUUCAGACUUUCCUGUAUUUGGCAUUUGCUGUAACAGAGUGUACAUGUUUGGUGGUGAUGUCCUCUGGUCGGUACGUGGCCAUCUGCCACCCCCUCCAGUACACUGUCAUCAUGAGCUGGAGGAUGGGCAUGGUCCUGGCCGCCACAUCCUGGGUGUUUAGCUUCCUCUAGGCUCUGGUCCACAUUAUGCUCAUCCUGAGGCUGUCCUUUUGCAGGCCACAGAAAAUCAACUACUUUUUCUGUCAGAUUACGUCAAUGUUCAAACUGGCCUGUGCUGACACUAGGUUCAAUGAAGUUGUCCUCUUUGUGGGCUCUGUGUUUGUUUUAGUGGGGCCCCUGUGCAUGGUGCUGGUCUCCUACGCGCGCAUCGUCUCUGCCGUCCUGAGGAUCCAGUCAGGGCAGGGCCGCAGGAAGGCCUUCUCCACCUGCUCCUCCCACCUCUGCGUGGUCGGGCUCUUCUUUGGCUGUGCUGUCGUCAUGUACGUGGCCCCCAAAUCCCGCCACUUUCAAGAACACAGGAAGGUUCUCUCAUUGUUUUACAGCCUUUUCAACCCCAUGCUGAACCCGCUGAUCUACAGCCUGAGGAACACAGAGGUCAGGGGUGCCCUGCAGAGGUUUCUGGGGGAGAGGAGGUCCCUGGGAGGGAUGGUUGGGAGUAUUUUGAGUGUGUGA